UGAAGAUGGGAGCAAAUGGUCGGUGGCUGCUCUCCCCUGUCUUAUUCUUCCUCCUCCACUUUCAUUGCCACUACUACUUUGUCUUCUCCUACAUCUCUCUUUCUAAGAAGCUUCCUUAUCCAGUGCCCUUUAAAUCUGAGAAAGCCUGCACCUUUAAGGUGUCUGAGAUCACUAACGAUGGAAUCCCCGAAACCCAUCCUCGAUUUCGAAAAGUUCGACAAUGGGUUUGUUCAGAAACUCGUCUACGAUGCUCUCGUUUGGUCUUCCCUUCACGGCCUUGUCGUCGGUGACAAAACUUAUCAGAGAUCAGGAACAGUUCCAGGGGUUGGGAUGAUGCACGCCCCCAUCACAUUGCUGCCGACUCCAUUCCCUGAAAGUUACUGGAACCAAGCUUGCGAAGUUGCUCCCAUCUUCAACGAGUUGGUUGAUCGUAUCAGCUUGGAUGGCAAGUUCAUACAAGAUAGUCUCUCCAGGUUUUAGCAUUUGCAAGAUAGUCCCAGAACAGCUAUGUUUGAGAGGAAGAAGUCUCCUAAUCGACUUGUUGUCGACGAAGCCAUCAAA